GGAGAAUCAAUGCAUUCGAUGCCGUCACAUUGGGAUCCGAGCCGUGCAGUCAUUCCCUCCCUGUCUAUGUAGAAGUGUGGGUAGAUACACACAUCCCCAGACAUGCAUACCACCCCUUCCCCCCUCCGUGUGUCCAUCCACUCAGUCAUCUAUCUAAAGAACGGCCCCGGCUGAGCGGGAUACCCAAUCGACCCACGACCAGGCCCUGCAGCAGCACCAGGACCAGCUGCAGGGGCAGGCGCCAGUGGACCGAUGAAUGACGACGGCCAAGCCAUCUGCACAACAUACACAACACACACAAGUGCAGUGGGUGGCCUGGCGUGUGUGAGUGUGUGUGUGUUUGUUCGGCGUACCAUGUGUGGGUGUUGUCUGUGCGUGACGAGUGGCGACACGCUGCGGCCCAUGGCAUGGGGCGGCAGGGACGGCGCUCGCUGCAAAGGACGCCCUGCUGCUGACGGGUGGUGGUGUUGGUGGUGGUGGAAACUACCCUGGUGGCCGGGAUGGUGAUGAGACGUAUAUGACAACGGCACGUGUGUGUACGGCAACCCUACUGACACACACACACACACAGAAGAGCCCUUCACAGAGAGAGAGAGAGAGAGAUGCACGUCUUCCCACUGACCUGGGUGUGGUUGGUGGAUGGCCCCCGCACCGUUGUUCAUGUGCUGUUGCUGUGCGAUGAACUGGCCCUCUCCGCCAGGAUGCUGCUGUGCGUGUGUGGGCUGCAUCAGAGCUCCGAACGGUGCACCACCAGCACCAGCACCAGCAGCAACAACAGGGUAGUGUGCGUGUUGGGCGGGGUGCGGGUGCACAGAGGGCAUCGACAUGUGUGGCGGAGGGGGCGGAGGGGCGCUGAUGCGGCUGCUAGAGGGGGCACUCGCCUGACAGCACCAGACACACACAUACGAACAUGGCAACAGGUGAAUCCGUCCAUCUGUGCGUUCUCCCGGUGUGUGUGCCCACCUGGUCUUCCGGCUGUCUGUUGGUCGGGUGUGUGUGUUGUCUGUCCUCCUUGGUGGGUGGCGGGGAGCCGAUCGUCGUGUCAUUCAACGAUGGCACCGGAGACCUGCAGGCAACGCAACGCAACGCAUCCAUGGUGGCGUCAUGCACCCACUCGUCCCUCCGUGUGUGACGUGUGUUACCCCUCGAAGCCCAUCCCUUUGGCAUGUCUGGGGGGCUGCUCCGCCAGGUCCCUCCUGCCGCUGCUGCUGGUGUCCCUCCUACUACCGUCGCCACCACUACUGUUGUUGUCGUAUGGGUCGUCCAGCGGCACCUUCCUGCGCAAGAUCCGGCUGCUGCUGCUCGAUACUAAGUCGCUAUCACUGCACACACACAGACAGAAACAGACAGGCAGACAGAGGUGUGUAUGCGUGAGCAUGGCGGUUGGGGUCGUGUGUGCAUCAUCAUCGCAUUACCUAUCCUUAGUGGCCUCGUCGGUGGCAGUCCUCUUGUCAACCAGACCACACCCUCGCAUAGAGGAGCCUACACGACCACCCAACGCACCACCUGCAACAUACGCACAAAAACAAACACACACACAUUGCAGCUCUCUCCCUCCUUUCUCUCUAUUGCCCCGCUCCCUCACCUUUCUUGGCUUUGCUGUCCCUCUGUAGGUCCUCCUGUUGUUUAUUGUAUGCCGCCACCCAUCCCGCCAGCGACCGGAGCGGGGCGAACAGAGGCGACAGUGACAGCGGGGGAGAGGGGGGCGCCUCGGAGAGGGAGAAACGACCCUUCUGUGCACGGCAUGUAAUACAUACCGACAAAUAGAUGGGGCGACAUGUGUGUGAUGUGGGAUGGGUGGGUGUUUGGGUUGGGUUACCAGUAUUGGUUUGAGUAUGGUGUACAGUUCUCGGUGUUCCGAUAGGCAGACCGUCAGCAGCUCUGACGACUCGUCACUCGCUAUCUGCGGACAUACAGACAUACAGACAUGCAGACCACGCAUGGUGCGUGCGUACGAGCUUGUGCGACCUGUUUCUCUAGCUCGGCGAUCCUCCUCUCCUUCUCUUGCAGCGACAACAGGGCAGCCUGCACACACACACGGCCAUGCAUGGCCUCCAGCGCACCUUUCCCUCCGCCCUUUUCCCACCUGUAGUUUGAGCUGCACGUUGGUAAGCUGUUUGGUCCUGCUCUCCAGCAUGGCCCGCGCAGCGUCGUACUCCCACUCCCUCUCCCUCUCCUUGCUGCUCACACUGCCAACCCUCGCCGUCAUGCAGGGGGCUCGCUCACGCUGCUCACGCUCAUGUUGGUGCUGCCGCUCACCCUCGACACCCAUUUCCUCUCCCAGCCCCUCUCCGUGGUCAUUUUCGUCCUCCUCUUCGCUGGGUGUUUCUUCCUGUAUGGGUGGGUUGACGUGCAUCGGCCUCUCUGAUGGUGGCAUCAGCAGGGGACUCAGGGGGGCCUGGGGCGGGGGUAGAAGGGGCUGACUGGUGGCCGUGUCGGUGUCCUCUUCUGGCUGCUGCUGGUCUUGGUCUUGGUAUUGGUCCUGGUAUUGGUCGUCUGUCGGUUCUUGCUCAUCGGUGGUGGUGGUGGUCUCUCUGACGACCGGCUGUUCUGCGAUCAGUGGCUCGCCAAACGGCACAGGAACGACUGCAGACAAAGACAGACAGGGAGAGACCAUCACGUGCACCGACGCAUCAAGGAACCAGAUGGAACAGAACGUACCUGUUUCGGCAUCGUCAUUUUCCCCGCCACCACUCUCGUCAUGCUCUUCCUCUCCCUCUCCCUCCCCCUCCCCCUCCCCCAUGCCGACCGGAGGGUUGGGUGACUCCUCCAUGAACCGCUGCGUGUCGCCAUCCAGCCGGAAGAACGACUGCACGGGGCUGUCGUGCGGGUCGUUGUUGCCCGGCGACUCCCCCUGCAACGUCACUGUGUGGGGCGGGGGCGUGGCUUGGGGGGCGGUCGGCUGUAUGGCGCCCAGGAGGGUGGGAAUGUCGUCUGGGAGAUAGCCUGACAGAAAGAAAGGACACAGAGAGAGUGGCGCGUUUGUGUGUGUGGGGGGGGAGGGGAGGGGAGGUGUACCUGUGAGUCGGUACAUGAGGUCGGCCGUCUUCUGCAUGAGGGCGUCGGGGAGGCCGUCCACCACUGAGGCCGAGCCAACACCAAUACUGCUACUGCUGCUGCUGCUGUUGUUCCUCUUGGCCUCGAUAAGGCCCUCCAGCUCCUGACGGGAUGACUCCAGCUGCACACACACACACACCCACACACACACAAAGGUCCAUAGUCACGCAUAGGAGCACGUGUGUGGCAUACCUCUUCCCACAGGUCGAUAAGUUUGCCCGACUGCACCGAUGGCGACGGCUCGGGCUGAUUGAUCACCUGCACACACAGGCCAACACACACAUACGCAGAGGCCAAUACAUAGCCGACCCACACACAGCAUGCCCAUCGACCAUGAGUACCUUUCUACAUGUGGCUGCGAACCGCAGCGCGCCCGUCAUCUCGUGACUCUUCUCUGCGUGUGUGUCCAGGUGGGCCAGCACCAGGGUGCGCGACGUGCCGCCGAUGCUGUCCUGCAACAGACGGGUCAGCAAAGACGACCUGCACACGCACAGACACACAUGAACGAACGAGAAAGUCCAUGUGUGUUGCGUGCGUGCGUGGUUUGGCGUGCAGAUGCGCACUUGUAAGGGACGUGCAUGCGCGCGGCCACAGCAUUGACGACAUCGCUGAGUGCCAGGAGGGACGCGUCGGUGCUGCGAUGGAUACCCUGGGUGGCGACCGCACCGACACGGACAGGCGCCCGUGUUGAUGUGGUGUGCCUGUGCCUGUGGCUGUCUGCGUGUAUGUGCCACAUGCCUGUGAGUGUUGCGCUGAAGGUGUGAGCCCCACUAGGUCGACGAAUGUCAUCCGAGAGGUCCGCAGAGAGCGGCACGGCAGCGAACGGGGCACAACUGAAGGCGCAAAGGAACGAGCAAUUGAUGCAUCAAUGGGCAUGGGUACUGUAGCCGUGUGCGUCUUCCUCACCGCAGAGCGAUUUGUUCUCGUGUGUGCUAGUGGUGUGCUGGUCGCCAGAAGGGGGUCGGUCGAACGCCUCAACCAGUAUGGACACCACCGUGUGGUACCGACUCUCUACCCCACUGCUGGCCUGCACACACGACACACACCCAUGUGUGCAGCGCGUCCAGCAACCCCCCGUGCGCACCCACUCACCCUCUUGGCCUUGCCCCUGUGGACGAACUCCCGCAUAUUCUCACCUGCGAGCUUCAUCAUAUCCCUGCACACACACACACACAUGCGUGUAUGAUGGUGCUGGUCGGUCCAUUCAUCCAUUCGUGCAUCACUUGAGGUGUGCGGGGUCUGAGGCCUCGACCAGUGUGAUGCCCUCCACAUACACACCGCCGUCAUUCUCGUCGCCACGCAGCGUCAGCGGCAGACAACACUGCACACACACACACACACACACACACACAUGCACAGAAAGCCGAUCCGGAACAGACACAUCCACCAACACACCCCUUUGUGCAUCAAAGGCAAGGGCGUCAUCCAUUCACCUGCAGUGGGUCUACGAUGCUAUCCCCGUCGAUGAGCAGCACAGAUCCGUGGACCAGGUACAUGUUGGAGCUGUCACGCUCACGCUGCUCCCUCGCCACACCAAACAGACCAUCGACAGCGCACUCAACCACACCUGCAAAACGGUCCCAACCUGCAAUCAUGGCACACGACAGACAGAAAACAAGCUGUGGAUCUGCCCAUGACUCCGGUCCGGUGCCACUCCAUAAGUACCCAUCAUGGUGGCGGUUUUGCCGCUGCUGGCGUUGCCGUGUGUGAGGACGGUGCAGUUGAGGCCCUCCAACACUGCCGACUCAACCAAGGGAUGGACCACAUCGCUGCACACAACACAACCACACGGGAGAUCUCGCGUCCACGAGAGGAGAAAAGGGCUGCAUUCCUCUCUUCUCUUCUCACCCAUAGAUCUGGUCGGUCCUGGCGUCCUGCUCGUAUAUUCUGUCGAACUGGAAGUUCUGCUUGCCCACAUUGAUGCGAUUCGUAGGCAGGGAGAGGGUGAAGGAGGGAGAGCGCGGCAAGGGGCCAGGGGAGAGCCGCAGGACAGACAAUAUGGGCUCGGGAGGCUGUCGACGCAUCG